GGCUGAGAAUGUUGUCGCAUUGGUGUGGUCGGCACCCACGGAGCUGAUAUAUGUACGAGUUUCAGCCUCGUCCGGCCCCCACAAGCUAGCUGCCGUCAUCAACGCACACAUGUUCCAAAUGGGCUAGUGCACAAGCGAAGCGCGAACUCGAAGCCAAUGAGACAUAAGUGCAACCCAUCCUUACAUUGCAGAGCGCGAUCGCUUGGCUAAGAGCAUAGCCCACUGAGGCGGAGUCAGCGUGCUUCUAGGCAGCCUGAUGCACCCGGCGAUCCAGCCCAGACGAAUUGAGCUGCAAUAACAGCCCAAGGAUUCGUGAAGCUCUUCAUCAACCCACUGUUCGAAAAAUUCCUUCGAGAUAUACGAGCACGAUACAACUUCUUCAAAGGGCCAGAAACGAUGGAGGAUGAGACAGUGACUAGACAAGUAGUCCGAGUCUACAGCUUUCAGGCCGAAGAACGACUACCAGCCGAGAGCGAGGCGCAUGUCUUAGCCCGUGUUCUUUCAGAUAAAGAGCCUUCCUUGGAGAAUAUAACGGAACCAUGGCGCAGGUUCUUCGAGCCUUGGGAAUCCGAUGAGCAUGAGAGCGACCCUAUCACGAACGUUCUCUCCGUCGAGGCCGCGAAGCUUCAAGAGCAAUGGUUCCUGUUCCAGAAGUUCAUUCCAAAGGAGGAGCAAAUCGACGUUCGGAACUCUGAGCCGACGAUCGACGGAGUCAUCAAAAUGGUAGCGACCGUAAGCAAGGCAUGGCAGGCAAAGCGCGAGAAGGGGAAGCGAGGUAAGGCAACGGGCCUCUUCCAUCGCUUAUGUGGUACACUGGACGCGCAUAGUUCCAUGUUGGAAGUCGUCCCGAAAGGAAAUGAGUAUGCUUCACUCUUCGCCGGGACCAUCAUCUCCAUCAUCAGGGCGAGCGUCAACCACGAGCACAUUGCGGAGGAUUUAGCGAGUGCCCUCUGCGCCAUAAGCGAAAAUGUAGCGGAAUGCGAGGUCGAACUCGAGCUUUUCAAGACGGAAGCUAUGAUGCGCGCCGUCGCGGAUCUAUAUGCACAUAUCUUCCUCUUCCUCUCCGACACACUGGGCUGGUACCUUAGGAAACGGCGUAAACGACUCGUCGAUUCGUUCAACGAGAAAUUCUUCGACCAUUUCGAGACCGAAAUCGAUAACAUUAAACGUAAAUCCGAGAGCAUCAGGAGGAAGGCUGCGCAGAAUAUGGCAGCAGAGCAGAGGGUGACCCGGCUGACAGUGGAGGAGACAGGAAGAGAUCUGAGGCUAGGGUUACAGGGGAUCAUGAGGGAGCAAGCCGAGACGAAGUACGCGGCGCAGCAGAUGCGCACCCAGAUGCAGAGGGAGAGAGCCGAGUGGCAGGAGGAGAAGAAGCACUUGGCGAGCUUGCACGCCAACCUGCUGACUUUCCUGACUGACGCCGUGCAGUCACAUGGCCUUCAAGAAUUGUCUUUGCUCCGCCCAAGCAUCGCAGGCGCUCCAAACACCGUCCAACGCGUCCUCCCUGGCCUCGAUAUAGCGUCAAUUACCCGCGAGAAGGUCAUGCUUAACUCUGCAUGCCUGGAGGAUUUCUUCCACCGGGAUCGCGUCCGUCUGCCCUGCGAUCAUUUUGCGCCUGUGAAGGUCAAUCCGGAGGCUCUAGCUCGUCUUGCGGAAUGGAGCACCGCGACCGACUCCGACGUCCUCUGCCUCGCCGGCCCAGAUAUCGAGACGGAUGAGCUGGAGAACUCGAUGACUAUGCUGGCAGCUAGGUUCGUCGACUUCGCGGCACGAUCGAAUGUGCCCGUAAUGUCGUAUUUCUGCGAACUUCGAAGAGGUCAGAAGAACAGACCGGGGAAUACAGCAGAAAUGCAGGGCGCGAUCGAGUUAGUGUAUGCGCUCAUCAGGCAAACGAUCGAACUUCUUCCUCUAGAGCUCAAAGAGAACGACUCGGACCUCUCGGGGGAACGCUUUCAGCAGCUGGACGGAUCCGCGGCAUCCCUGGGAGACGCUAUUGCACUGCUCAAUGAGCUCUGUAAGCAACUUCCCGGGAAAGUGUUUUGCGUUAUCGACGGGCUGCAGUGGCUAGACGACAAGAGCACGGAUACAUUCCUAGCCCGGUUCGCUCAUCAACUACGAGAAGCGGGGAUGAAGGUCCUCUUUACGACGACAGGGCAGUCAAGAGCCUUGUUGGACUGCCUCUCCAGAGGAGAACUGUCCCUGUAUGAUGGACCAGAGAAUCGAAGCGGAGGGGCACCAUGGGAACUAGAUGAUGUCGUUGAGUUCUGAGCAGGAUACUGACGUACUUUUUGACUUCCCGUGUUCAUAGAACGGUUUAAUUCAGCAUAUGGGGCCAAUGAUAUCAACUAGGAUGACGUGGGAUCCAGAUCU